AAAACAAGCCCACUUAAACAUUUCAGUCCAACAUCGCAACACACACCGAAUUCUGCAGAACGAAGCAAAACAAGGUGCUUUAUUGUCAUCGGCCAGAGGGACUCAGAUGCAGGAGGAGGAGGAGACUCCGGACAAUGGAAGCGGCGGUAGCGCUGGGUCACACACCCACUUGUGGUGGGCCGGGGCCAGUGCGGCUCAGCUGGGUUGGGCCGUUAUGUCAUCCCGGAAAGGCUGCGCCGGUAACUCCUUUACGAUGCCUUUCAAGGCCUUCGCCGUUGCUUCCCUCUACGUCGGCUCUGUGGCCACCGCCGGCGUCGCUGGCCUCCAUGCCUCUGGCAUCCGCGAGUUUCUCUUUCAAACCUCGUGACUCUUCGAGCUGCAUAAUGACCCAGUUUAAGGCCCUACUAGCUACCAGAGUGGAACAACUUGUGAGGUGGAGGAUCUAGUAGAGCUGGGUGCCAACAUAAGAACUGGACUUGGGGUACCCCGGAGGAGGUCGAGGGAGGAAUAACCUUUCAGUUUUAGGUUUCGAAAUGCAGUUUUUAUCGUAUAAAACCCACACUUGGGUUGGAUUUGCAUCUUUGUGCAUUUUGAUUUGACUUGAUUACUGAUCGAGAAGUAUUUAUCGUCUCAUGAGUCCAUCACUGUCACUUGUCUAUUUACGGUGCAUUUACAAAGGAGGUGUAAUUUGAGAGUUGUAGGUGUAUUUAAGCAAAUGUCAUUUGCUUCCUCGGCGUUUAGAGGAACUUAGCUUCUCUUAUCAGACAGUGAAGGGAACAAGUGGAAGGAAAGAAAUGAAAAUGUUGCAAAUCGCGAAUUACAGGUUUAA